UAAUUGUCGACGUGCCGCUCUGUAUAAAGCAUCGUGGCGUUCCGAACCCUCUCGACCACCUUGAGAGAAGAGAAUCUCGACAAGCUUUUUUUCCUUUUCUCCUAUCCCGAGCGAGCCUGCCCGCCGCCCCCUCUUACACCCAAGCUCUCCUCCAUCCGGCGGCUUGUUGGUGUUACUUGAUUACUCUCCUCUUCCUCACUUCCUCACUUCCUCCAUCUCUCUUUCACCUCCUCCUCCUCCUCCUCCUCCUCCUCCUCCUCCUCCUCCUCCUCCUCCUCUCAACUAGGUCAACUGAGUCAACGACAAACGUCGGACAAAAGACCACCGAGCCGUCAUGGCCGUCCUCACGCAGUAUGACUGGAUCAUAGCCAUCAUCAGCAUCGCCUUCUGCGGCAGCUCUUUUGGCAACGGCGCCAACGAUGUCGCCAACUCGUACGCCACCUCGGUCGCCGCCCGCACCCUGACCAUGCCCCAGGUCGGCUUCCUGUCCAUGUGCACCGAGUUCUUCGGCGCCGUCGUCCUUGGCGCCCGCGUCACCGGCACCAUCAAGAACGACAUCAUCGACCUCGACCGCUUCCGCCAGACCCCGUCCACCCUGAUCCUCGCCAUGGGCUGCGCCGAGUUCGCCAGCGCCUUCUGGCUGCUCGCCGCCACCAAGAUGGGCUACCCCGUCUCCACCACCCAGACCAUCGUCGGCGCCCUCGUCGGCGUCGGCAUCGCCGCCCAGGCCCAGGUCUCGUGGUCCUGGAAGGACGGCAGCGUCUCUCAGAUCGCCGCCUCCUGGGCCAUCGCUCCCCUCAUCGCCGCCGUCAUCGGCGCCGUCCUCUUCGCCUCCCUCAAGUUCACCGUCCUCGAGCGUAAGAACUCCUUCGAGAAGGCCAUGAAGGCCAUCCCCUUCUACCUCGCCUUCACCGCCGCCGUCCUCGCCCUCUUCAUCACCGUCGAGGCCCCCGGCGCCCCCUCCCUCGAGGAGCUCGGCGCCGGCACCGCCUGCGGCAUCGUCCUCGGCGUCUUCUUCGGCGCCCUGCUGCUCGCCUACGUCUUCUUCGUCCCCUACGUCCACCGCCGCCUCGUCAAGGAGGACCCGCGCAUCCGCCUCCGCCACAUCUUCCUCGGCCCCAUGCUGUACAUGGAGAACCCCCCCAUCUACAUGCCGGCCAAGGGCAACGAGUUCGUCAUCGACUACUACGCUGACGCCCACGACGAGACUGCGGAAGAGGAGAAGAAGAAGAACAACAACGACGACGACAACAUCAACAACAACAGUGCCGACCUCGAGAAGCAGCAGGCCAAGAACCUCGGCAACGGCAACGACAACGCCAGCACCGACAGCCCGACCUCGGUGCCCCCCCUCUCCCUCGAGGACGUCGAGCGCGGCGGCAAGAAGGCUCCUCUCGCCGCCACCGACGGCACUACCGGCACCACCGGCGGCGGCGUCGUCCAGCGGUACAAGCGCAAGCCCGAGCCCGAGGAGCGCUUCCUCGCCCCGACCGCCCACCUCCCCAUCCACAACCCCAAGCGCAUCUGGAGCUUCGUCAAAUACUUCUUCCUGCAGGGCGUCACCCGCGACUGCGUCACCCACGCCUCCUCCCAGCUGUCCGCCAUCCACGGCAAGGCCAAGCGCUACGACAACCGCGUCGAGCACCUCUGGACCUACGCCCAGGUCGCCAGCGCCAUGAUGAUGUCCAUCGCCCACGGCUCCAACGACGUUGCCAACGCCGUCGGCCCCUGGAUCGCCGCCUACCAGGUCUACAUGACGGGCGAGAUCAGGGAGGACGGCGAGUCCCCCAUCUGGAUUCUCGUGGCGGCCGGUUUCCUCCUCGGCGCCGGCUUCUGGUUCAUGGGCCACCACAUCAUCAAGGCCAUGGGCAACAAGAUCACUCAGCUGUCUCCCACCAGAGGUUUCGCCAUGGAGUUGGGCGCCGCCAUCACCGUCCUCCUCGCCAGUCGUCUCGGUCUCCCCGUCAGCACCACACAGUGCCUGACCGGUGCCGUCAUCGGUGUCGCCUUGAUGAACUUCGACAUCGGCGCCGUCAACUGGCGCCAGGUCGCCUUCAUCUUCUCCGGCUGGCUCGUCACCCUUCCCUGCGCCGGUCUCAUCGGUGGUCUGUUGACAGGGUUCAAAUCCACGACACUCCACGACACAUUCGUGAAUAUGGCGUGGAUAUGGAUGCUGACUAAUAACUUCGAUGUGGAAUGGGUGGAAAUGGAUCCAUUAUGGAAAUGGAUCCAUAUUGUGGAAUGGGUGGAAUGGAAACCUACUUUGUCUAACAAUGGUAAUUAGUGGGCCGCAUCCAUGCCUUGGUGACGUCGAUGUUAUUGUCACUCGUCCAUCAGAAUCCUAUCUAGCGACC